AUGGGUGCGCAAAAGCGCAAGGAAGGCCCGGGCGGCGCCCCGGUCAACAAAUCAACACAAUCAGCUUCCGAAUCGACGAGACCUUCGAAGCGGCCAAAGUCCAACGAUGCCCCCAACAAGAAGGCGGGCGCAAAGAAGCCCGGCCCCAAGUCCGACAAGCCCGCUCCUCCUGCUCCUACCGCCCCGGCCAACUCGUCGCUGCUCAAGGAAGAGGAGCCCAUGUUCCCCAGAGGCGGCGCCAGCGUCCUGACACCUCUUGAAUACAAGCAAAUCCAAGUCCAGGCCAGGAGCGACGCCCUGUUCGAGGAGCAGUCAGGCAAGGCCGACGCAAAGAAGGCUGGUGGUGAGAAGGAGGGCAAGCAAAAGAAGUCCAAGAAGAGGUCAAAGGGCGACGACACACCCGCUAAGCCUGACGAGGACGCCGUCAAGGUCGAGAGUCUUAACUUCAAGCGUCUGGUCAAGGGCUCUUUGGUCCUUGGUUCCGUCUGCGCCAUCAACGCCCUCGACAUUGCCGUUGCUCUACCAAAUAAUAUCAUCGGCCAUGUCCCCAUUACUGCGAUUUCCGCCCCCCUCACAAAACGCCUGGAGGCAAGCGCCGGCGACGACGACGCUGAAGAGUCGGACGACGAGAACGAGAACGACGUUGACCUCGAAUCCAUCUUCCAGAUCGGCCAGUAUGUGCGCGCCUACGUUGUAUCCACCGUCGACGAGGCCUCUACACACACUCCUGGAAAGGCUAAGCGCCAUAUCGAACUCUCUCUUCAGCCCUCUCUCGCCAACACCGGUAUGGCGGAGCAGGACGUUGUUGUGAACAGCACAGUUAUGGCCGCUAUUGCCAGUGUGGAGGACCACGGUUAUGUCAUGGAUAUUGAGAUCGCCGAUUCAAAGUUGCAAGGUUUCCUUGCUCGCAAGCAGGUCGACAAGAGCAUUCCCCAGGAGGCCCUUCAGCCGGGUGCUGUCCUUCUCUGCAUGGUCACCAAGAGCGCCAAGGGCAAGAUCGUUCAGUUGUCCACAUUGGGUGAAACCAUUGGCAACGUUGAGAACGUCCCGGCGGCUGCCACCACUAUCGACACUUUCCUUCCCGGUACUGCCGCCGACGUGCUCGUGUCCGAGGUUUCCAACCACGGAAUUGUUGGCAAGAUUAUGGGAUCGCUGGAUGUCACUGCUGAUUUGGUUCACUCCGGUGCUGGCCCUGAUGGCGUUGAUCUCGAGGACACAUACAAGGUUGGCUCUCGCCUAAAGGCCAGAGUAAUCUGCAACUUCCCUACUGCGAAGAACCCCAAGUUGGGUAUCUCCGUACUAAAACACGUCACCUCGUUGAAGCCCAAGACUGCUUCCAAGGACGAGCAACCAGUUGUGCCAUUGCAGGCUCUUCCUCACUCGACAAUCGUGGAGAAGUGCACCGUCAAGCAGGUCGAGCCCGAGAUCGGUCUCUACGUCGAUGUCGGUGUCGAGGACGUCGGUCCUUAUAAGGUGGGAUCUGUUCACGCUGGUAGAGUUGUUGGUUACAAUGCCUUCGACGGCAUGUACCUCAUCUCGUUGGAGAAGAGUGUUCUCGAGCAGCCAUUCCUUCGCAUCGAGGACAUUCCCGUUGGUGCUGUUGUUUCUGGUGUGGUUGAGAAGAUGGUCCUCAACGCGGCCGGUGUUGGCGGCCUUAUCGUCAAGAUCGCUGAUGGUAUCUCUGGUUUGGUACCCGAGAUGCACUUCGCUGAUGUUCACCUUCAGAACCCUGAGAAGAAGUUCCGGGAAGGCCUGAAGGUGAAGGCCCGUGUGCUCUCGACUGAUGCUGCCUCUCGCCAGAUCCGCCUUACUCUCAAGAAGACGCUCGUCAACUCUGAUCUCCCCGCCAUCCAGACUUACGAUGAGAUUACCGUUGGCCAACAGGCGCUCGGUACCAUCAUCAACGUCUUGCAACACGGUGCGAUUGUGCAGUUCUACGGCAGGCUCCGUGGUUUCUUGCCAGUCUCCGAGAUGAGCGAGGCUUACAUCCACGACCCCAAGGAGCACUUCCGUGUUGGCCAGACUGUCAGCAUCUACGUCAUCAGCUUCGAUCCCGACGCCGCCAAGCUUAUUGUUUCUUGCAAGGACCCAGCUGCCUUCGGUCUUGAGAAGCAGUUGGCCCUCAAGAAGCUUCAGAUCGGUGAUGUGGUGUCGGCCAAGGUCACGCAAAAGACUGACGACGAUGUCUUCGUUGAGCUUGCCGAUAGCUCUCUCAAGGCCAUCCUCCCCGUUGCUCACUUGACGGAUAAGUCGGUCAGCAAGACUCAGUCUGCCCUCAAGAAGAUCCAUGUCAACCAGACUCUUUCCGAGUUGGUAAUCUUGGAGAAGAACGAGGCUCGCCGUUCCAUCAUCCUCUCUCAGAAGCCCAUCCUCGUCAAGGCUACCAAGGAGGGCAAGUUCCUUACUAGCCUCGAUGGCGCUCGUGUCGGAGAGGAGGUUGCCGGUUACGUUCGCAACAUCACUGCUACGGCUGUCUUCGUCCAGUUCGGUGGCAAGCUGACUGCCUUGCUUCCCAAGUCUAUGAUUCCCAAGGAGGAUCAAGACAAGCCCGACUUCGGCAUGUUCAAGUCUCAGUCUAUUACUGUCAAGAUCACCUCCGUUAACAACGAGCUCAACCGCCUGGUUGUUGCUGUCCCCGGUGCUACGGAGCAGGUCAAGAGGGUCGAUACCAAGGGCGAGAAGCUCGCUAACCCUGUGGAUGAAUCCAUCACCUCCUUGGAUGACAUCUCCAUCGGCAAGCUGACCAAGGCUCGCGUUGUGUCCGUCAAGGAUACCCAGGUCAACGUCCAGCUCGCUGACAACAUCCAGGGUCGUAUCGAUGUUUCUCAGGUGUACGACAACUGGGAGCAGAUCAAGGACACCAAGAAGCCCUUGAAGAAGUUCCAGCCCAAGCAGGUCGUCCCUGUCCGUGUGUUGGGCGUCCACGACGCUCGCAACCAUCGCUUCCUCCCCAUCUCCCACAGGUCCAGCCAUUCCGUCCUUGAACUGUCCGCGAAGCCGAGCGAUGUCAAGGAGGGUGCCUCUUCCGAGGCCCUGUCCUUCGACAACCUCAAGGUUGGUUCCAGCUACGUGGGCUUCGUCAACAAUGUUGGCCAGGGCCACCUUUGGGUCAACCUUUCCCCCACCGUUCGCGGCAGAGUCAACGCUAUGGAGGCCUCCGAUGAUGUGUCGUUGUUGACCAACCUUGCGAAGAACUUCCCUAUCGGCUCGGCCCUUCGUGUCCGCGUCGUCUCUGUGGAUGCCGAGUCCAAGCGCCUCGAUCUCUCUGCCAGAUCUCCUGGUUCCGAGGACGAGUUGACUUGGGACAAGAUCGCGCAGGAUGUCAUCCUUGUCGGCAAGGUUACCAAGGUCGAUGAGCGCCAGGUCAUUGUCAAGCUCAGUGAGACUCUUGCUGGUCCCGUACACAAGGUUGAUCUUGCUGAUGACUACGAGGAGGCCAACCCUGCCAAGUUUGCCAAGAACGAGAUCGUCCGCGUUGCUGUCGUCGAAGUUGACAAGAGCAACAAAAGGAUACGUCUGUCUACCAGACCUUCUCGCAUCCUCAACUCUUCGCUUCCUGUCAAGGAUAAGGAGAUUGUUCAGCACACCAAGCUUGAAGUCGGCGAGAUUGUCCGUGGUUUCGUGAAGAACGUUUCUGACAAGGGUCUCUUCGUUACCCUCGGUGGCAAUGUCACUGCCUUUGUCCAGAUCAAGAACCUCUCUGAUGCUUACCUCAAGUACUGGAAGGAGCAGUUUCAGGUCGAUCAGCUCGUCAAGGGCCGCAUCGUCUCUGUUGCUAACGGCCGUAUCGAGAUGAGCUUGAAGCCCUCUGUUGUCGACAAGGACUACGUUCCCCUCACCACCAUCUCCGACCUCAAGGAGGGCCAGACCAUCACUGGUCGCGUCCGCAAGGUUGAGGAGUUCGGUGCCUUCAUCGACAUUGAUGGCUCCGACAACCUCUCUGGCCUGUGCCAUCGCAGCGAAAUGUCCGACAAGGCCGUCAAGGAUGCUCGCAAGUUGUAUGAGGAAGGCGACAAGGUCAAGGCCAAGGUCCUCAAGGUGGAUGCUACUGCCAAGAGAAUCAACCUCGGCUUGAAGCCUUCCUACUUCGGCGAGCAGGGUGACGAGGAUGAGAUGGAUGUUGAUGAGGAGGCUGCUGAGGACAGCGAGGGUGACGACUCUGAUGAGGAUAUGAGCGACGCUGACGGUGCCGUCCAAAUCACUGGCACCGACAACAUUGAGGAGGACUCUGAAGAUGAAGACGAGGGCAGCGAUGUCGAGAUGGCUGAUGCCUCUGACGUCAAGGGUCUCGAAGCCGGCGGUUUCGACUGGUCUGCUUCUUUGGAGGAUGGCGAGAAGGCCGACGCUUCUGCGGCUGAUCUUGAGGCUUUGGCCAAGAAGAAGAAGGCUCGCCGUGAGCCUCAGAUUACUGUCGAUAAGACUGCCUCGCUCGAUGUUAACGGACCUCAAACCGCCAGUGACUACGAGCGUCUCCUUCUUGGUCAGCCCGACUCCUCCCAGCUCUGGAUCGCCUACAUGGCCUUCCAGAUGCAGGUGAGCGAUUUGGCCGCUGCCAGACAAGUUGCUGAGCGUGCCAUCAAGACCAUCAACAUCAAGGAGGAGAUUGAGAAGUUGAACGUCUGGAUUGCCUAUCUCAACUUGGAGGUUGCGUAUGGCAACGAGGAGACCGUCGAUGAGGUGUUCAAGCGUGCUUGCACGUACAACGACAAGCAGGAGGUCUACGAGCGUCUAGCCAGUAUCUACAUCCAGUCCGGCAAGCGCAAGGAAGCCGAUGACCUCUUUGAGAAGAUCGUCAAGGAGUUCGGCUACAAGUCGCCCGAAGUCUGGGUCAAUUACGCCCACUUCCUGCACACGACCAUGCACUCGCCCGACCGCGCCCGCGCCCUUCUUAAGCGCGCCACCCAGGUUCUCGGCAAGGAGACGCAUCUGUACAUCGCGCUCCUGCCCAAGUUCGCCGCGCUUGAGUUCCGCUCGCCCAACGGCGACAAGGAGCAGGGUCGCACCCUCUUCGAGAACCUGCUGGCCACCUACCCCAAGAAGUUCGACUUGUGGAACCAGCUUAUCGACCUCGAGACCUCUGCGGCCGACGCCGACAAGGGUGUCAUCCGCGAUCUGUUCGAUCGCGGCAGCAAGGUCAAGGGCCUCAAGCCCCGCCAGGCCAAGGCCUGGUUCAGGAGGUGGGCCCAGUGGGAGGAGAAGAACGGUGACAAGAAGAGCAGGGAGAAGGUCAGCGCCAAGGCGCAGGAGUGGGCGAGGACCGCAGCGGAAAGGAAGAAGACUGCUGCUAACGCUGCGGCCCAGGAGGACGAGGAGGAGAGUGAUGAGGAGUAG